AUGAAAACAUUAUUAGAAACACUACCUCAGCAUGACGAUAAGGUGCUUAACGAAUUAUGUAAUGCAUUACGAUACUGUGGGAUCAGUAUAGAAAGCAUUCUUAAAGGAGAAGAGCCAUUAGCUGAACAGGAAGAUAAAACUCAAGACGAAAAUAUAAAGGCAUCGAAGUCUGCCGAAGAAAAAGAAUAUAAGGAAGCCUAUGUUAAAGCUAGAAGAUGCGGAUCCUGUCGUAAUGACUUUAUUAGGAUCAUGAUAACCGGUCCGCAAAAUGUUGGAAAAUCAUGUCUUAUUCAAGCUUUUAUACGACAAGGCUUGAUUCUAGCAGUUGGAGCGACAACAGCAGCAGUAAUUACAAAAGAACUUGUCAAAUUGGUCACUUAUAACAUGGAUGAUAAAUCAGUUGAUGAUUUUAAAGCAGUUCUAGCUAGAAAAGUCAUUACAGCGAUCGAAACUGUUAAACGCCAAAUACGAGAAGAGGAAUCAUAUUCUGAUUCCAGCUUGAAUGAUAUUGAAUCCUCGACACCAUCGCCACUAAUUCGAUUAGAUAGUACUGCUUAUGCAAGCAAUCUCGUCGAGACCAGUCCUCAGGCUAUGCCGGCUGAUGAAGACAUGAUUCCACUAGAUUUUCUUGAGAAUUACUUUCGAGGAAGCUCUGAAUCAGAUCAAGCUUCAGUAAUAGAUCACUGCCAUUACGGUAAACUAUGGGACUUUGCUGGUCAUUCUAUUUAUCACAUAACUCAUCAACCAUUCCUAUCGCACAAUUGCAUUUAUCUUCUCGUCCUAGAUAUGUCUCAAGAUAUGAACAAUCAUGUCGUUAAUCGAGAAGGCAAUAAUACUGAAAUGACAUACUUGGAAGCCCUACAAGAAUGGCUUGCUUCAAUUAUAGGUAGUAGUAAAAGUAUUGCUAGGACAAAGGCCGAAAUAGAUGAUAUUUUAGAAGAUAUCGCUUGGCCUAUGGUUAUUUUAGUCGGGACACACGCUGAUAAAUUAGGUGACGAAAAGGCCUGUCAAGAAAGAUUUGAGAUAUUUAAAAAUACUAUUCUUCGAGAAUUUCCUUCUUAUGCUGAUCAUAUAUAUGGAUCUGGAAUUAUAUUUAACUGUAAUGACAAGGAUAACAGUGAAGAAACGCGAUUGCAGCGUCAAAAAAAUUGCGGACAAUUACAUAAUAUUCUAAGGGACUUUGUUAAUCAUCAACCCUUCAUUGAUCGUUUCUCUCAAAUUCCACUUAAAUGGUAUAUUAUGGCAGCUAUAUUACAUACAUUUCCUGAUCGAUUUAAUGAAGAAGCGGCAAAGUUUCAUACAAAGUUAAAUCAGAGUGUUAGCAGAAUUAUGACAGCUGAAGAAAUCGAGCUAUUAGCCAAAGAAUACAAAUUAUGCGACGGCAUUGAAGAUAUUCAUCAAAUGUUACUCUAUCUUCAUGAUCUAGGAGAAAUCGUUUAUUGCCAAAAAGAACCUGUCAAAGGAAAAGUUGUUACUCAAGUUGAAUGGCUAUUAAAUGUAUUUCGUUCAAUUAUUCAGUUAGAUAAACCUGAUAGUAAAGGACUAGCAAUAAAUGCAGAAUAUGAAGUUGCUCGAAAUACAGGAAUCAUGUCGCAACACUAUAUUAAUGACAAAUUCGACAAGCUCGGAGUAGAAGAAAAGGAAAGAAAAUUUUUAUUAGAUUUAAUGGAAUCUUAUGACAUUAUUUGCAAGGUCAGUAAAGAAGAUGAUGGUUGUCCUGAUCAGUAUUUCGUGCCCUAUUUAUUUCGUUCAAAUAGCCAAGAAUUUGAUUGCCAGGGAUUUAAAGUGUCAGGAUGGCUUUACGUUGGAUUUAAGCCAUCACAAAUGCCUUAUAUUCCUGAUGGCAUUUUAUUUUGUUUACUUGUAUCUUGCUAUAAAGAAUGGAAAAAGUCAGAGAUUGAGCCACGUUACAAGUGUGCAAAAUAUCGGCUGAAAGAAGAUUGUUAUGAUAUUGUAGUUAAAAAAGAGAGUUCCUAUAUUGGUAUCCAAUAUCGCUAUCGAAUGGUACCAAAUAAACCACAAUUACAGCUACAAAUAGAAGCAAAGGUGAAAAAAUCCAUAAAUGAGAAGAAGCCAUAUGAAUUUCUUCGGAAUAAACUAUCAUCCCUGAUUAAAGAAAGGAUGCCAAGAUGUGAAAAAUCAGAUUGUUCUUACUUUAUAAAAUGUCCUAGCUGUAAUCUCUUUAAUCCUGCAUCUAAUCCUAUCGAUGGCAGCUCCGAUGUGAUAUUUUGCGAUUGCAGCGAUGUUUAUGAAUGCGGAUCUAUCCAUAAGUGGGUUAUGUCAUCCGUAGAAGAUACGGACGAUAAUGGUAGAAAUGAUGCAGUUCUAAGACAAAUUGAUGAUAUCGAAGGUCAAAAAGUUGAUAUUUACAUCGUCAGCCCGGAUUCGCCUGCAAGCUCCUAUAUCAAUAUCAUUUCUAAGAAAGUAGGUCCUGAUUGGAAAAAUUUAGCUAGAGAGUUAGAUUUCACCAACACUAACAUUAAGAAAAUUUCUCAAGACAACAGUAAUGAUACUGAUCAACAGUGUGUAGACAUGCUCGAUUCACAUUGUAAGUUAAUGGGUGAAACAUUUACAAAGUUGGCACUAGUAAAGGCUCUCUUUGCUUGUGGUCUUCGUUCGGUCGCGGAAACCAUAUUAAAUCGAGAUAAAUAA